ACUUCUCUACAGGACGUAUUUAAAAAUGAGCAGGAAGAAUUGUUGGAUUUGUAAGAUAUGCAGAGAUGCAUCUAAGAGACCCCCUUCCAACCUUACUUUGGAGGAAGUGUUACAGUGGGCCCAGUCUUUUGAAAAGUUGAUGGCUACAAAAUAUGGUCCAAUAAUCUAUACAGCAUACUUAAAAAUGGAACACAGUGAUGAAAAUAUUAAAUUCUGGAUGGCAUGUGAAACCUAUAAGAAAAUUGCCUCACGAUGGAGCAGAAUUGCCAGAGCAAAGAAGCUUUAUAAGAUUUACAUCCAGCCUCAGUCUCCCAGAGAGAUUAACAUUGACAGCUCAACUCGAGAAAAUAUCAUCAGGAAUAUACAAGAACCCACUCAAACAUGUUUUGAAGAGGCUCAAAAAAUAGUGUAUUUGCACAUGGAAAGGGAUUCCUAUCCCAGGUUUCUGAAGUCAGAAAUGUACCAGAAACUUUUGAAGACUAUUCAGUCCAACAGUUCUUGUUCAUCACUGAGAAGUUUAAAUUGAAGAUGGUAUAUUGAAAGUACUGCCUUUGUUCUUUUCAUCAAAAAAAAAAAUAGAAAAGAAAGAUAAAGGAAGAAAUCAAACAAUAAAUUUAUUCCUAAUUCCCAUAGAGAAAUCAAUCUCAAAAACAUGGACUCUAGAAACCUUACAUAUGAAUAACAAUUUAUAGCUCAGUUAACAUGUAAAGAACAAGAAGUUCUCUCUUCAUGACACCAAUAUUCACAAGUUUUACUUCAGUAACAGAAUUUAAUUAAUGGCUGUUUUUUGUUAAGGAUAUGGUUUUGUGAUAAUGUGCAGAUUGGAUGGAGCUGGAAGGGAUCAUGCUCAGUAAAACAAGCCAGAAAGAAAAAGAAAAAUACCGAUGGUCUCACUCAUAGCAGGAAUCUAGAAAACCUAAAUAAGGGACCAGGAAAAAGAAUAACUAUAUAUAUAAGAAAGAAAAAAUCAAAAUUAACAAACAACUAUGACCAGAGACACACUAUGGGGGGUGGGGGGUGGGGAAAGGAGGGAUUGGGGUCAAAAUAAGGGGGUUGCAAUUGUAUGGGGAAUAUGAAAAUAAAAUUAAAAAAAAACUAAAAAAAAUUGUAGCUAUAUGACUUGUGUAUCUAGCAUGAUGUAUUCUAUUGACAGGCUUCAUAAUGACUUUAAUUAGUAGACA